ACUGCUCUGGGAUCUUUGUCUCCCUUAGGCUCCUGGGCAUCAUGCCUUGUUCUAAGCAGCCUAAUCACUUCCAGAGUCUGAGUCUUCUGCACUGGCCCUUGAGCUACCUUGCCAUCUUUUGGAUCUUGCAGCCAUUGUUCUUUUACCUGCUGUUUACAUCCUUGUGGCCACUGCCAGCAUUUUACUUUGUCUGGUUGUUCUUGGACUGGAAGACCCCAGAGCAAGGUGGCAGGCGUUCAGCCUGGGUAAGGAACUGGUGUGUCUGGACUCACAUCAGGGACUAUUUCCCCAUUACAAUCCUGAAGACUAAAGACCUGCCACCCCAGCACAACUACCUCAUGGGGGUUCACCCUCAUGGUCUCCUGACCUUCGGUGCCUUCUGUAACUUCUGCACAGAGGCCACAGGCUUCUCGAAGACCUUCCCGGGCAUCACUCCUCAUUUGGCCACUCUGUCCUGGUUUUUCAAGAUCCCCCUUAUCAGGGAUUAUCUCAUGGCCAAAGGUGUGUGCUCUGUGAGCCAGCCAGCCAUCGACUACCUGCUGAGCCAUGGCACUGGCAACCUCGUGGGCAUUGUAGUGGGAGGAGUGGGAGAGGCCCUGCAAAGUGUGCCCAACACCACCACUCUCAUCCUCCAGAAGCGCAAGGGGUUUGUUCGUACAGCCCUCCAGCAUGGGGCUCAUCUGGUCCCAACCUUCACAUUUGGAGAAACUGAGGUGUAUGACCAGGUGGUAUUCCAUCAGGACAGCAGGAUGUACAAAUUCCAGAGCUUCUUCCGCCGUAUCUUUGGUUUCUAUUUUUGUGUCUUCUAUGGACAAGGCUUCCGUCAAGGCUCCCUUGGGCUCCUACCAUACAGCCGGCCUAUUGUCACAGUGGUUGGUGAGCCUCUGCCACUUCCCCAAAUUGAAAAGCCAAGCCAGGAGAUAGUGGACAAAUACCACGCACUCUAUAUGGAUGCACUGCACACACUUUUUGACCAGCAUAAGACCCAAUAUGGCUGCUCAGAUGCACAGAAGCUGCUUUUCUUGUAACUGAAGAGACUAUGUACCUGAGUGCAUGUAAGAGCACCUGCCUUGGAGACGGGACUCACCUGCUGCUAACAUAAGAAAUGGAAGGAAGGCUGUGUGUGCUAGGGAAGGGCAUUAGGAAUCCUAGCCACAGUGCUGCCUUCUCAGGAGUUGACUCUGAGGAGCCUCACUUUAUUCUCCUGGCUCUCCUCUCUGAGCCUGACACCCCAGGUUCUGAAGAACUCAAAUGAAGGCUAUGCAGCCCCUAUUCCAUUUAUAAAAAUCUUAAUACAAUUUUAAAAUUGAGAUAUAAUUUGCAUAUCAUAUGUUUAUUUGCUUAAAAGUGCAAAGGUCAGCAGUGUUUAGUAUAUUCAGAGUUGUAUAAUUGCCACCAUUAUCUAGUUUGGGAAUUUUUUCAGCAUUCUCAAAAAAGCCAGUAAACAUUAGUAGUCAAUGCCCACUCCCCCCAGCCCCUGAUGACCAGUCAUCUAUUU